AUGACAUCCUCAUCCAGUUCACAUCAGCUGAAAGAAAUCAGCGAGUUUUACUCCAACGACAACACACAACAGCCGGUUUCCAAGAUCAAGACUACUGGGGACGGCGACGAAUUCAUUCACAUUGGGAAUCAGAAAUUCGACCGUCAUGAGUUGAUGAGAGCGUUUGGUGGUACGCUUAACCCGGGGUUAUCACCACCCCCCAGCCAUGAAAUGGCCAAUCCUGCUGCUUUUGGCUUGUGUGCAUUUGCCUUGACUACUUUUACAUUAUCGUUGUACAACGCCCAGGCAAUGGGGGUUAAAGUGCCCGCCGUGGUGCUUGGUUUGACGUGUUUUUACGGGGGUGCGGUGCAGUUUUUGUCGGGGGUUUGGGAGUUGGUUGUUGGUAACUGUUUUGCCGGUACGGCUUUGGUUAGUUAUGGUAGUUUCUGGUUGAGUUAUAGUUGUAUUACCAUCAAGGCCUUUGGGGUCAGUGCUGCUUAUGAGGACCCCACCAUGUUGGCCAAUGCCAUUGGUUUUUUCUUGAUGGGCUGGGCCAUCUUCACCUUUUUGUUGGUUUUGGUGACUUUGAAGUCGACGGUGGCCUUUUUCUGCUUGUUUUUCUUUCUUGAUUUGACCUUUAUCUUGUUGGCUGCCGGCGAGUUCAGCGGCAACGUUGGUGUGACCCGUGCCGGUGGGGUCAUUGGCAUCAUUGCCGCCUUCUGGGGGUUCUACAACGCGUACGCCGGGGUCGCCAACAGAUCCAACAGUUACUUUAUUCCUCAUGUCAUUCCCUUAACUAGAGAUUAA